GUACAGUACAGGGAUUAGGAACAACAGUUAUAUUUGAUGGUGUGACACCUGUAAAUUACCGACAAAAUGAGUGACCGGUUAAAAGAAUUGAAAGAACGAUCACAGAAGCGCAAGCAGCUUCUGGCACAGGCGUUUGGAGUUGACAGUCCAGAUGAUUUGAAGGUUGUCCUUAAAAGCAAAGAAGAAAUCAAGCAGUCUAAAGCAGCAAAGCAAUCUGGUUCUGACCCUUCUACAAAAAAGAAAUCAAGACGAUCCAGUAUAGAGAAAUCCAGUGAAGAAAGCGAAAAAGGACAUGAGAAGAAAGAAGAGCAAUUUGAGACAGAUGAGAUAUACACUGAUUCAAGUGCUUUCCUGAAGGGUACCCAGAGUGCCAACCCACACAAUGAUUACUGCCAACACUUUGUGGACACAGGGGAGCGACCACAGAACUUCAUCAGAGAUGUUGGUCUUGCUAACAGAUUUGAAGAAUAUCCUAAACUUCGAGAACUGAUCAGGUUAAAGGAUGAACUCAUAUCACAGACAAGUAUACCUCCUACGUAUAUGAAGUGUGACCUUGAGAUGUUUGAGCUGUCAGAGUUAGGUUGUCAGUUUGAUGUGAUUCUGCUAGAGCCCCCUCUACAGGAGUAUCAGAGAGCCCAGGGUGCUGUGUUUGACAAGUACUGGGACUGGGAUGAGAUAGAGAGGUUAGAGAUUCCAUCAGUGGCAGCUCAGAGGUCGUUUAUAUGGAUCUGGUGUGGUAAUGCUGAGGGUCUGGAGAGGGGUAGGCAGUGUUUGAAGCUAUGGGGCUUCAGGAGAUGUGAAGAUAUUUGUUGGAUAAAGACAAAUAUACAGAAUCCUGGACACAACAAAAAUCUUGAGCCGAAUUCAGUACAUCAGAGAACUAAGGAGCACUGCCUGAUGGGAAUCAAAGGAACAGUAAAAAGAAGUACAGAUGGAGAUUUUAUACAUGCUAAUGUUGACAUUGACCUCAUUAUAGAGGAAGAACCUCCAUACGGCAGCAAAGACAAACCUGUAGAAAUCUUUCACAUGAUUGAACAUUUCUGUCUCGGAAGGCGUAGGCUACAUAUAUUUGCUAGAGACAGUACCAUCAGGCCAGGCUGGCUGAGUAUUGGCCCUGAGCUGACUAGUAGUAACUAUGAUCGUGAAAGAUAUAUGUCAUAUUUUCAAACUGAUACAGAUCUUACGACUGGAUGUAGUGAGGAGAUAGAAAGAUUGAGGCCAAAAUCUCCUGUGCCAAAGAAUAAACAAAUGGGAGGUCUUCCUAGGGGUCAAAGGGGAGGAAGGGGUGGGCCUCCAAGAGGUGGACAGAUGGGACCGGGCAGGGGUGGGAGAGGUAUGGGUAUGAAUAGGGGAGGUCCACCUAGAGGUAUGAGGGGAAUGGGACGAGGUCCGCCAAGGGGAGGGUUUAGGUAGCUAUUACCUUAAAUUUUGUUUGAUAUUUAUGGAUUAAAUGCAGAGAUACGAAAAUGGGUGAGUUUUUAGACUUCAGAGAAAAUAAUGCAAUACACACUUGAGGCUGAGGGUUAAUGAAAUUGCUCUCUCUCUCUCUCUCUACUCUAUAGGUGUAUCAAAAUUAUUGCCACAGUAUGGGUUACGAUGGUUCUAGAAAUUUCUUUAGUUGUUCAGAAUAUCUAAUAAAAGUUUACCUUGGGAUAACUACAAAACAAAAAAAAAACUGGUCUCAGCUUGAUUCGGAGGGCAUCAUGACUUCAGCACACAAAUUUAUGCCAUGAUAGACGAUUGCAAUAUAGAAAUUUAGUUCUCUUUUGAAUCAAGAAGUAUCAUUAUUAUACGCCCGUCUCUGAAAGAGCUGGGCAUAUUAUGUGAACACUCGUGGCAAGCGGUCAGCGUCCAAAAGCAUUUCCGCUCUCUUAGUUGAACAGUUUUCAUCCGAUCUUCACCAAACUUGCUGACAAUGUUUGUGGUCAUAAUAUCUUGGCCAAGUUCGAUAACCACCCAAAUCGCCCCAGGCACUCCUGGAUUAUGGCUCUUGAAUUACUCGAAAUCUGUGAAAUUAGCCUUGUCCAUUCAAACAGUUUUGAUCCGAUUGUCAAUUUCAUCCCACAUGGAAUCUCACAAAUACCUUGAUUCCUUCCUACUCUUUUUUUGGGAUAACAAGGCAUACAACAUCAACAUUAUUACCUUUAUGAUAUGUAACUGAAUAAAUAGACGGGCGUAUUUUGUGACAGUCUGGACUCUUGUUUUUAUAAUACAGAGGUUGCGAUUUCAUACUUUUACAGGUAGGCUAACUUGCAAGAUGUCAUUUAUUUCAAUGAGUUCAUGAGGUGUUAGAAUUCAGAACAUUAAAAUUUUCACACAAGUUAGCCAUACAAGUUUAAUUGGUACUUGUAAAACCUAUAUCUGAAGUCUUAAACAAUUAGAUUCAAGUGUAGCAAGCAGUUUGGUGAAGUUUACUUGACAAAUUUUAGCAGACGCUUAUUAAGAUAUAUAUAGAGAUUCACUAAAUGUACACAUUCACAUACAAGUAUGAAUUACAAUUACCACAACUAAUGUUAAUUCAAGCAACUGAUGUGAAUUAGAUUGUUAGAAGAAAAUUUGUUUUGGCAUUUUAAACAAAUUUCUUAUCUGAGGAGACAAUAAUGAAUUUUUAGUCACCUCUUUGGAAUAUUCAUACGGUAAACUUGACAAAACGUGGCUGGAAAAUUUGAUGUACAUGUUUUAUACAGAAGAGCACAUGUCAAUGAAAUGGUGCGUUUAAAUAAAAAUUGAUCUUACUGAA